AUGAAACGGUACCGAAAUGAGCUUAUAAAACCAGAAAAGUUAGAAGAACGACGACUGAGGAUAUCCAAUCAGAAAAUGGAGCACGCUCAGAUACAGAACUCUGACGGUGCUCAGGUGAUGACCAUCAAUGGUCAGCAGAUGCAGGUGUUGCAAAUGAGUAACGGCCCCCACAUGAUACAAGGUCCCAACGGACAGCAAAUUGUCGUUCACACUAUUCCAUCUACUGCUCAAGCUAUUCAGGUAGCGACUCCUAACGGCCAACAAUUGCAACAGUUACAAGUGUUACCAAUAUCUAGUUUACAAGGCGCAAGCGGCAGUGUGCAGCCCAUGCAGCUGGUGCAAACGGCGGACGGGCAGACGUUUCUCUACCAGGCCGGUGCCGCUCAGCAGCCCGCCGUGGACCACCACCUCAUGCACCAACCCACAGUGAUUAACUUAAAUGGCAACCUGGUGCAAUUGGCUGGGGUUAGCGGUGCAGUUCAGCAGCAGCAGGUCGUCAACCAACCAAAUAUAGUCAUGAUGGUUAACGGGUCCGGCGGGGCUGCGGGCGGCGGCGCGGGCGCGGGCGUUGGCGCGGGGUCGGAGGGCGCGGGCUGCGCGUCGGACGAGGAGCCGCUGCUGUACGUGAACGCGCGCCAGUACAAGCGCAUCCUCAAGCGACGAGCAGCGCGCGCGCGCCUUCACGAGCUCGGCAAGAUACCCAAGGAACGACCGAAAUAUCUACACGAAUCCAGGCACAGGCACGCAAUGAACAGGAUACGGGGUGAAGGCGGACGAUUCCAUUCGGGAAGUAGAAAGAAUAUGGAGAACUUGGAGCAAUCAGACGAUACUCAUAAGCUUCUAGAAGAUAUCAAGCCGGACACAGUCUCUAUAACCAUUAUACAGGAAGAAGAAUCAGCACAAGAGCACCAACCAAAUCAAUGGCGGAGACUCGCGCCGCAGCCGAUGCAGUCCACUUCAUAG